GAAGUUUUUAUGCCUCCCUAAAACCCGUAUCGGUCACCGUGACGUAUGUAAUUAUGUAAGCAACCAAUUGUGAUGAUGAAUAAUGGGUGAAGAUAAGUAUUGACACAAAUAUGUGGGUGACGUCUCUUAAUUUCUAUAAAAACACUGAGCAAAAGUUUACAAAUAAUACCUCAUAGUGCCAUAUGUGAGCUAGUAAUUACGCGUGAUUAUUUCCCUCCUAGUGAAUGCUCAACUUAUCAAUCAUUUGGUCAUACAUGUGACUAAAAGGUUUAACGUUAACCGGUACCAGUUCAUACUCCCACAAGAAUGGAUACCAGCGGUAGUGGUGCUGUGAUGGAUAGUGGUGAAUAUACUGAAGUUUAUCGCAGACUGCCCUUGAAAUUACAAUUGGCGUAUGGCAUGGGCCACGUUCUCAACGAUGUGUGUGCUUCGAUGUGGUUUACCUACCUGCUAGUAUUCUUCCAUCUAGUUUUAGAAUUCAGUAAUUGGGAAGCCGGAUUCAUGUUGUUGGUUGGCCAGGUCGCGGACGCCUUGUCUACCCCUUUUGUCGGUUUUCACUCUGACCAAUCGGACAAUAUUUGGCUGUGCCGCUACGGCAGAAGAAAAACCUGGCACUUAUUAGGUUCAAUAUGCGUUAUCAGCUCCUUUCCGUUUAUUUUCUCGCCCUGUUUAAACUGCUCGGGAAGUCAUUCGUGGGCGCAAAUGAUAUAUUUUUCAGUAUUCAUAAUCAUCUUUCAAUUUGGAUGGGCCUCAAUUCAGAUAUCCCAUCUAUCAUUAAUACCAGAAUUAACGCCGAAUGAGCAUGACCGCACGAAAUUAACAGCAAUUAGAUAUGGUUUUACGGUACUUUCUAAUGUACUAGUGUAUAUUAUAACGUGGUACGUUCUACAUUUGAAUGGUGGCACGAAUGAAGGUCAAAUUGGACCUGCAGAUGCUUCUAAGUUCCAAACCGUGGUUUGGACAGGAUUGUCUAUUGGUGUAUUUUGUACGAUCAUAUUUCAUAUAUUUGUAAAAGAGCAAAACGAUUAUGGAGGGGAUAAUGUUCAUGCUGGCCAGCUGCGGACUAGCAUAUCAGAAAUUUUCAAAAAUCUACAAAUUUACCAGGUAGCUGUUACCUACAUGGCGACACGACUAUUUGUUAACCUAAGUCAAGUAUUCAUUCCACUCUACCUACAUGAAACCUUAAACAUGGUCGCCAGCGCUCUGGCCUUAAUUCCUUUAAUUAUGUAUAUAGGCAGUUUCGUGACGUCCAUGUGCAUCGAGAAGUUAAAUCGUAGCUUCGGAAGAAGGUUUGCAUACGUCAUCGGCUCAGCACUUAGCUUAGUUGCGUGUUGUUGGAUCGGAGUAAGAUCUGGUCCUCAAUACACCGAUUACGAAAUUUACGUUGUUGCUGUGCUCUUUGGUGCUGGAGGUUCUAUUAUUUUAGUUACCAGUUUAGGGAUUACAGCAGAUCUCAUAGGUGAUAAAACUGGAAAUGGUGCUUUUAUCUAUGGAAUAAUGAGUUUCACUGAUAAGUUAGCUAAUGGAGUCGCCGUUAUUAUCAUACAAGAUUUGCAUAAGAAUAACUCGGACGUGACAUAUUACCGAAACACAAUUACUUUCGUGUGUGGCGGAUCAGCGAUAUUAGGCGCGUUAUCUGUGAUAUCAUUGAUUAAACGAAGGCAAGGUAGAUAAUUCAUUAUUUGGUGAAACUCCUAAUUAUGUCAGUAUUAAUUCGGACGCAUCCCCAUCAGAGAUCCAACCACUGAUUGCAUAAUUAAAUUACUUAAUUAACCAUUGUUUUUUACAACAUAGCUAAUUUUAUAUUUAUUAAUAGUUCCAAGUUUAGAGAAAAUAUAUUUAUAUAUUAUUAAAGA